CGCGAGGGCGCGCGCGAGCUUGCGGCUGCAAAGAGGCGCGAGAGGAGUUUGCAGGGAAAACCCUUGAGUCAGUCCCAGCUGCUCUGGCGGCGGCAGCGGCGGCGGCAGCAGUAGUAAAGCAAGAAGCCACCGCUCGCCUCUUUUUUUCCUCCCUCUUCCUGGCGGCUCUGGAGAGGAGAAGGGGGCAGCCCAUCGGGCAAGCUUUUGCCGGGAGAAACCCUCAGUGCCUGGCGCGUCUUUCGCCUCCUGGGGACCGCUCUUCCUUUUCCUUCCCCCGUGCUGGGACUUGCCGAGGAGUUUCCUCCGCCCCCUUCUGAGCAAGCAGGUUGGAGGACCGCGAGGUUGCAUGUCCGGUUGGACUUGAUGCUUGAUUUGCAUGACACAUAACGAUCCAUUUCUGGAUUUGUCAAAGAGCAGACAUGGCCCACCCAGUGAAUAUUAAUAGCAGUUCCACAGAAAAAGAUGAAAACACACUGAAUGGGGAGGAUGACAGAGAUCAAAAGGAUCCCUAUUUUGUGGAAACGCCAUAUGGCUAUCAGCUUGACUUGGAUUUUCUCAAGUACGUGGAAGAUAUACAAAAGGGAAACACUAUAAAAAAGUUGAACAUACAGAAAAAGCGGAAAGCAAUACCACCUUUUACAGCUAUUAAAAACACCACCUCCAGUCAGUGCAGCGGAUGGACAUCAAAUGAAUCUCUCUCUUCAUCCAACAGUGAUGAAAACAAACAUUCAUUUUCACUCUUCUCCGCGCAAAGUCCAGCACUUCCACCAGCAGCUGCUGCCACCUCCACAAGGCCAUCCUUAUCCUUUGAAGCCUCUCCUAACUUCCUAACCAUCCCUGAAAGCAAACAACUCCUGCCUCCUUCACCACAGCUGCCUCGGCACAAUCUUCGUGUCACAAAAACUCUCAUGGAAACCCGGAGAAGACUGGAGCAGGAAAAGAUCGCAAUGCAAGCGGUCCCGGGAGAAGCUCGGAGGCCUAGGCUUUCUAGCUUUGGAGCAAUGGGCUCAACAAGCUCACUUCCUUCCUUUGUAGGAUCCAGUGGGCAAAGCCAGGCAUCCCAGCAGUUUCAGAAUGGGUAUCAAGGCAAUGGAGAGUAUAAUCUUCAUCUAGCAUCUUCUCUGGGCAGUUCCAUCCGUCAUAGUCCUUUCAGUUCAGGUGUAUCAACCCCUGUGACUAAUGUAAGCCCAGUCCACCUGCAACACAUCAGGGAACAAAUGGCUAUUGCUCUCAAACGCCUAAAAGAGCUUGAGGAGCAAGUCAAAACUAUUCCUGUUCUCCAGGUCAAGAUUUCGGUAUUGCAGGAAGAGAAACGGCAAAUUAUGGCAAAACUCAAAAACCAAAGAAUAGUUAACCAGAAUGACACAGGCCACUUUAGAAAGCGGUCUUACAGUGCAGGAAAUGCAGAGCAUUGGAAGCAUCUCUCUCCUGCCAGAGGAGGUGGAGAGCUCUAUAUAGACUGUGAGGAAGAUGUGGGUUGUGCAGAGCACAGCUCAGAGAGGGUAGAAGAGUUUAGGCAGUUGACAGCUGAAAUGCAAGCCUUGGAGAAGAAAAUCCAGGACAGCAAUUAUGAUAUCCCUUCUAAUCUGCGAGUGAACCGAGCAAGUGUAGCAAAAGAAAACAGGUCAGUUGCUGUAGGUGAUGAUGAAAGUGUCAAUGACAUUGUUGUGUACAAUAGAGCUUUGAGAGUAGGCAGGGAUGUAGCAGUAGGUACAGAGCUUAAGACUAAAGAUUCUACUGUAGGGGUAACAGAGGGAAUGCUUGGUCUGUCUACAGAGGCAGAGAAGGAAAUAGAGCUUCAGCAUCAGACCAUUGAAGCCCUUAAAGACAAAAUCUAUCGGCUGGAGGUUCAGCUGAGGGAAGCAACCCAUGACAGAGAGAUGACCAAAUUAAAGCAUGAGCUGCAGGCAGCUGGGUCCAGAAAAAAAAUGGACAAGUCACUGAUGGCACAGCCCCUUGUCUUCAGUAGAGCAGUGGAAGCAUUAGUACAAACAAGAGACCAAAUAGUGGGGAAUCACGUGGAUGUUGUCGAUUCAUGUGUGGGUAGCUGUCUCCAAACAAGCAGUGUUGGAAUAUUGUGUUGUCCAACAUUGCAAAGUACAGCUGUGGGUCCAGAUGUGCCUAUGAAUUGGUGGAUUGUGAAGGAGAGGAAAGAUGUGUGUGACCGGUGCACAGGGAGCUCUGUGGAGACUUGCAACCAGUGUGUUGGCACAGAAGUGAGUGUCUGCGAAACUGAGGUCAAUACAGAGGAGUCUGUGGAAAAACUAAGCCUGUGCAAGACAGAACUGAAAAUCAAGGAAGUGCGGUCAAUAGGUUGCGGAGAUUGUUCGAAUGUGACACUUUGUCCAGCAAAUGAGACCAUAUCCUGUGGCACCAAUACAGAGCUUGAUUGCAAAGUAGAUUCUGGAGUCAUGGCAGUGCCUUGUACAGCUACGAAGGGAACCAAUACAGUAUUAGAAACGACCGACCAGUGUACCAACACAGAAGUGGCUACCUUUACUGAUUCCAGUACGAAUACUUUCCUGAGCACUUACGACAAACAGACAAACACUGUGAUAGUGGAGAUGAGGACGGUGGCUGUCGGGGACGGAAGAGUCAAGGACGUAAAUGUAGCUGCUAAAACACGUUCCAUUGGCGUGGGGACUCUGCUUUCUACCACUGCUAGCUUCGAUAAGUCUUCCCUAAUAAAGACCAAAGAUUGUGGGGUAGGGCAGAUUAGUAUCCAUGAGAACUAUUUAGUUGGCCUCAAAAUGAGAAAUAUUGCCUGUGGCCCCCCUCCAAUCUCUGUAGCACCACCUUGUACUAGAAGUAUUGGUGUUGGGGAUGAAUCUGCGCUGGAGAGUUCAUUCCCUCUGCCUGAGAUGAGGGCUGGCUUGGAUCACUACAUAGAACGGGUUCAGAAGCUCGUUCAAGAACAGCAGAUGCUUCUUGCUGAAAACUAUGCUGAGCUAGCAGAUGCAUUUGGAGAACCUCACUCACAAAUUGGCUCUCUUAAUUCUCAGCUCAUCAGCACUCUAUCUUCUAUCAAUAAUGUCAUGAAAUACGCAAGUACGGAGGAACUGCGCAACAUAGACAUGCCAAAACAGUGCAUGGACAAAACUACUGAGAAAGAAGAAAAUCUGCUAAAUGUUCCUUGUGGCCGCCCUGGCACUUCACACAUAGUUUCAAGCUCCUUAAAACUAGAAAAUGAAAUUGGGACCAUAUCUGAAGAGAAGACCACCAUAGGAGAAACAGGACUGGAUCAGAAGCCCUCACCAUCGCAAGACAGCACAGUGCCUCCAAUUAAUCUAACAGAUGACCAGCUUGCCUCUGGGUUAUAUGUAUGUGCGAAUGAUGGCAUGUUGAAAUCUAUUAUGAAGAAAAAGGAUGGGAAGAAAGAUGAAAAUGCAAAGAAGAAUCUGCAGUUUGUGGGUAUAAAUGGCGGGUAUGAAACAACAUCAAGUGAUGAUUCUAGUACAGAGGAAAGUUCUUCUUCAGAUUCUGAUGAUGAAUGUGUUGGGAAUGAAUAUGCUCCAACGGAAGAGAAUAGCAGCUUGCUGGCAAUAGAAAAACAGCACGGAGUGAACAGCAAAGAUGAACCUGUUGGAGUGCAAGAAGCAAUAGAAGUUCAAGAUCCUGAGCCUGAGAAAGUGGAAAUCCGUGAGAGAUACGAAUUGAGUGAAAAGAUGCUCUCUGCAUGUCAUCUUCUUAAAAGUGGCAUUGACGAUCCCAAGGCUAUGGUCAGCAAAGAGAUGCGAUUUUGUUUAAACACCAUCCAGCACGAGUGGUUUCGUGUGUCGAGCCAGAAGUCUGCUGUUCCUGCAAUGGUUGGGGACUACACAGCUGCUUUUGAAGAGAUUUCUCCUGCAGUCCUCAGGCAUAUCAUCAACAUGGCAGAUGGAAAUGGCAACACAGCUCUCCAUUACAGUGUCUCCCAUUCCAACUUUGAAAUUGUGAAACUCCUUUUAGAUGCAAAUGUCUGCAACGUAAAUCACCAGAACAAGGCUGGUUAUACUCCCAUUAUGCUGGCAGCUCUUGCAGCUGUAGAGGUUGAGAAAGACAUGAAAGUAGUAGAAGAGCUCUUUGCCUGUGGAGAUGUGAAUGCCAAAGCCAGUCAGGCUGGACAAACUGCUCUGAUGCUCGCUGUGAGCCACGGACGAAUAGAUAUGGUGAAAGCUCUCCUGGCUUGUGGGGCAGAUGUUAACAUACAGGACGAUGAGGGCUCCACUGCUUUGAUGUGUGCUAGUGAACAUGGACAUGUUGAAAUUGUCAAACUUUUGCUGGCUCAACCUGGGUGUAAUGGCACAUUGGAGGACAAUGAUGGCAGCACAGCACUUUCAAUAGCCCUUGAAGCAGGGCACAAGGAUAUUGCUGUUCUUCUCUAUGCUCAUGUAAACUUUUCCAAACCCCAGUCCCCGGGCACCCCAAGGCUCGGAAGAAAGCCAUCUCCUGGUCCUACCCAUAGAAGCCCAUUUGAUUCCUAAUGCACAAUGUUGAUCUGUAAACUUCAAGGUCACCUCUCCUCUGCUGCUAGUAGUUACUGUUUUACAGUGACAGAUAUUGAAUGUAAUUGUCUUGUGCCUGAGCUCACCAGCAAACUGAAAGCAGAUGCCUAGAGCUAAAGACAGAGGAACAGCUUCUUUGUUAACAGCUAUUACUCAGGAUUAACCAACAUGAUGUGAUUGGUGCAUGGAAUCUAUUUCAGAUGGAUCCUCACGGCCAUUUAUCACUCAACACAGUGGACAGUGUUCUCCAUGCUGCUGCAAUACCUGAGGGUUACCUUGACGGACAGAGUAUUAAGAACAUGGUAUCUGGAUUGGUCACAAGGCUUUGCCGUUUGGGAGCAGCUGUCAUAAAGAGGGAGCUUACAUGCAACCUGUGUGGCGCUUGUGGCUCUUCUGCUAACCUUUUCAGCUUCCAGGAAAUGACAGAAAAUUAUUGCUGUAGAAUAUAUUCUUAUAUUACCAUACAUGCAGUUUUUUAAAGCUAUCUGUUGAGUUAUGACUCUGGCCCAGCUGGAUAAAUCUUACUGCCUUUCUUUUUUAAAAAUAUGUUCUUUACACAGGUAUUUAUAUUUGCUAUCGUUGGAAUUGUUGGCAAGAACCCACUUAUUGUAAAUGUCAUUCCAAAAUUAUUUUAAGACUUGUUUUAAUGCUUAUUUUAAAAUGUAAAACUGGCAACUGCUUAUGAUGUUAGCUCUUGAGAUCAUCAGCUGGUGGGCUAAUGGUUUAACAAUGGAAGAUAGGCUGCACCAUGGCUUGGAAUAUGCUAAAUGAAUUGCUGCCGAUUUGUAUAGCUUUUAUAUAAAGUCAGUAUUUUUGACACUUUCUACUCUCUUGUAAUUAAAAUAAUCUACACACAAAUCACUACUAGAUUUUUUUAAAUUAAUGGACAUUUACAUGAACCCUAGGAUAUGUUGCAAGAUGUUCAUCUGUACAAUACUAGAAAUGUAGUUCCAGGUGCAUGCUCUCUCUCUCUCUCUCACACACACACACACACACACACACACACACACACACACACAGAGAGAGAGAGAGACAGACAGACAGACAGACAGAAUGCUUAUUUUCCUGUUAUGUUCACUUCAGUCAUAUGCAUUUAAAUGUUUGAAGUGCCUUAGACUCUUGCCAUAUUUUCAGAAUAAAAUUUCCUUGUUAUUUUA